AUGUGUGUGCACACACUCCAGGGCCAUGACGAUGCUGUUGUGUCAGUGGCCUUCUCGCACGACUCGGCACGGCUGGCGUCGGCGUCCCGCGACAGCACUGUCAAGAUCUGGAAUGCGAGCAGCGGCGCAUGUCUACAGACGCUCGAGGAUCAUCACUGUAAUGUCACUUCUGUAGUCUUUUCGUACGACUCAACCCAGCUAGCCUCAGCGUCUAUGGACAGCACUGUCAAGAUCUGGGACAUGAGCAGCGGAACGUGUAGGCACACGCUCGAGGGCUAUAGCGGGGGUGUUAACUCGAUAGCCUUCUCUCACGACUCGACCGAGCUGGCGUUGGCGUUAGAUUACAGCACGAUCGAGAUAUGGAGUAUGCGGACCCGUGAGCACUUGCAUACGCUCCGAGGACAUUGUAUCGAUGUCACAUCAGUAGCCUUCUCUCACGACUCGCAUCGAAUUGCGUCAGGAUCUUCUGAUUGUACAGUCAAAAUCUGGAACACUAGCAGUAGCGAGCAUCUGUCCUCACCUUGGGACCAUAAGCUUGGGGUUAGCUCAGUCGAUUUCUCGCAUGACUUAACUAGGCUGGCGUCUGGAUCAUGGGACAGAACUGUUAAGAUAUGGAACGCUAUUAGCGGUGAGCACCUGCAUACGUUUACGGCCCAUAGCGAAGGUGUUAGCUCAGUGGCCUUCUCACACGGCUCAAACUGGCUAGCGUCGGCAUCACUUGAUAAAACUAUCAAGAUAUGGGAUACAAGUAGCUGGGAGUGCCGAAAAAAUCUCAAUCAUGGGUGGGAUGUUACGUCAGUGGCCUUUUCGCACGACUCGAUAUGGCUAGCGUCAGCGUCUCAAAACGGGACUGUCAAGAUCUGGGACGUGAGUAGCGGGACGUGCCUACAAACGCUCAAGGGCCAUAGCAAUUGGGUUACCUCGGUGGCCUUCUCACGAGAUUCAGCUCAGCUAGCGUCAGCGUCAACUGACAAGACUGUCAGGAUAUGGAAAGCGACAGAUGGCGCAUGCUUGAAAAAACUUAACUGGGCACCAUCGCGAUUCCUCUUUUCCAGACUUCUAGCACAGAUAUUGCAGCACCAAAACUACCGUACCAAGGUGUCAGUCUGA